AUGAAAAAUUUAUCUUCAUUGUUAUUUAUUAUUUUAAUAGGACUUCUAUUCAUAUCUAAGUCAUAUGAAUUGACAGAUCAAGUUCUAGCUGAUAAUUCUUUAACCGUUCAAGAUGUUCCAAGUAGAGUUAUUUUAAAUGAUGAAGUAGAUAAUCAUAUUAUAGAAAAAAGACAAAAAAAAAAUAAUUCAAAAAAAAAUAAAAGAAUAAGAAGACGACAACGUAAUGCUUCUUUAAAUACUAUAGUUACAUUGAUAGUUCAAUUACAACAACAAUUAAAUAAUGUUCAAGCACAAAUCAUGCAAUUGACAGCAACAACAACAACAGUAGCAACCACUACAACAACAUAA